AUGAUAGUGAAACUGUCUUUCUCUCAGCCUGGACCAGCUGUGAGUGCAACCAAUGUUGGAGCUUCAAGCCGUUCCCCCAGCAAGACUGUGGCUCCCCGUGCAGCGGGCUCCACUGUCAGACAGAGGAAAGCGACGAGCAGUGGUACCCGCAGUGGCGGCAGGGCCACUGGAUCGGCUGGCACUGGUGGAAUGUGGCGCUUUUACACUGAAGACUCGCCGGGUCUCAAAGUUGGGCCAGUACCUGUGCUGGUGAUGAGUCUGCUCUUCAUUGCCUCCGUCUUCAUGCUUCACAUCUGGGGUAAAUACACCCGCUCUUAA